AUGACAGUAGCAGCUUCUUCCUCUGUGGCAGUGAUGAUUCCAUGUGUCACCUCCGUCUCUAACCGCUUCUCCGCCGUUCCUUACCUUACUCCGCUGCCUCCUCGCUCUUUUGGCCGAUCCUCUCUCACUGUUCCGCUGAACCUAGUUUCAGGUAAUGGUUUGCAGAAGGUUGAAUUGAUGAAGAUGAGAGCUUCUUCAUCAGAUGAGACCUCAACGUCAAUUGACACCAACGAACUCUUCACAGACUUGAAGGAAAAAUGGGAUGGUCUUGAGAACAAGUCGACUGUAAUAAUAUAUGGAGGAGGAGCCAUUCUGGCUGUUUGGUUAUCUUCCAUUGUUGUUCGUGCCAUCAAUUCUGUUCCUCUGCUUCCGAAAGUUAUGGAACUUGUUGGUCUCGGGUACACAGGAUGGUUCGUUUACAGAUACCUUCUUUUCAAGUCAAGCAGAAAGGAAUUGGCUGAGGAUGUUGAUUCCUUGAAGAAGAAGAUCGCAGGGACCGAAUAGAUUCUUCUUUAAAAAAUAAUAAUAAUAUAAACCAGCUUUAUUUCUUUCUGGGGUUUCC